UUACGGUGACAUGUGUAUGUAAUUGUGCAAAGUUGUAAUUUAGUGUCGUGUCUGUUUGCAAUAAAAUAAUGAAUUGUUUCGUCUUAAUUCUUUUAUUUCAUUUAACAUUUGCCCAUUUUGACAACGAAAUUAAUUUGGAAUGUAAGGGUAAAAAGUACGAAAAUGUGACCCUAACAGCAUACUACCCCGAUUAUAAUGAGGAUGACGGUUACUUAGACAAGAAGGGCAAAGAUCUGUCGACACUUCAGGAUUAUUUGGACAAUCGAGCCGAGUUUGUAACACUAGCAAUGGAUGACGCUUUAAACCUUCCAUAUGGCACGAAAGUUUGUGUUCCGCAGUUAAAUCAACAUUUCGGCCACAGAAUUAUCCUCCAAGUUCGUGAUACUUCAACCGAUCUGAGGGGAAGUGGCUACAAAAGAGCCGAUAUUUGUGUCAGAUCGGAAAUCGAUAGUUAUGAUGUUACAGUCAACAGACAAGUCACUCUCGUUUUUCUUUAACUACAAUUAACAAAUGAUUAAUAAUUAUUUAAAUAAAGCGUUCAAGUUU